AUGACGACGGUUUGAAACUUUUUCCAUUAUAAACACAGUAUUUUCCCUUAACUGACACACAGUGACAUUAAACCUCUGCAAAUAAGGUCUGCAGCAGUUCAAAGUUAAGUCUCAGAUAAACAGUGACGUUUAGUGGCUUUAACUGAUUUCCACGAGACACAGCGAUAGUGUUCAUUCUUAACCACAGGCAAAGGGUUUUCUGUUGUUUUUAGUUUUUUUUGAUUAUUUCCGUUGGUCAGGAUGUGGGCUGACUGCUAGCUCAAACUUUCUAAAUACCCCAGAAGAAGACGACAAGCAACUUGAAGACAGGAUGGAGAUGACCUCGCUCUGCCUAAUGCUCUCCACACUGACCAUCCACCCCAACAGAUCUCAGUUCUUCUGGUAUGACUCUGUCAAUUUGACCUGUACGGUGGCGGGAAACUCCAGUGGCUGGAGAUUCAAGAGAAACACCUCCUCUCUGACUUCUGAGCUGUGCUCCGGCUGGGGAAUGCAACGUGAGUCCCACUGUACCAUUCAGGAUGCCUAUCCAUCAGACACAGGAGUGUACUGGUGCGAGUCUGAGCGGGGGGAGUGCAGCAACACCGUCAACAUCACUAUCGCUGAUGGUCCUGUGAUCCUGCAGAGCCCUGCACUUCCUGUGACAGCAGGCGAUAGAGUAACGCUUCUCUGUUCCUGCAAAGAAGAAAACGGCCAAAAACCCAGAUCUGAUUUCUCUGCAAAGUUCUACAAAGAUGGUGUUUUCAUUGGGACUGAAGCUGCAGGAAGUAUGACCUUCGCGACGGUGUCCAUGUCUGACGAGGGUUUCUAUAAGUGUGAACACCCGACGAAAGGAGAGUCACCACAGAGCUGGCUGGCUGUUAAAGUCGGAGCUGAGCCUCCUCCUCUUGUGUCUGUGCCGAGGCUGGUGUGUACCAUCUUGCUGAUUGUCGUCUACUCUCUCAUGCUUAUAGUUUGUGUGAAUGUGCACAGAACUUGGGCUCAAGCUCGGGCUGAAGCAAAGAAAAGGGCUUCUGAUCGUCUUUCAUCAGAGCGAUGAGUCUUAUUUCCUGCUGAGUUGAAAAAGAACAAGAGCAACUACUUUGCAUGGGGUCACUUUGAAUUUUAUGUUUAUAUAUUCAACAAGAUUGUAUUUUAUAUAUCUUAUUUUUUUAUUUCUCACUGGCAGACAAAGACAGAGAAGCUGAAAAUAUUGGAGCUGACGCAUAUUUCAGCUCGUAAAAAACAUUUACAAGCAAUUUGCAAAUUUGAACUUGUCAAAUCUCAACCAUCUGUCCCACGCUACUUAGUGGACCUUUUCCAUCUAAACCAUCAGAGAAAAUGUCCAACCCUGAAAUGGAAGACAGAUAAAAACCUUUUCUAAGGAGGCAUUAAAGUGGUGACAAAUUGCAUUAUUAACAUAACCAUGACUACGAGGAUUAAAAAGUGUCUCGUGGUGUUCAUAGAGAGAGUGAUUUGUAGACAAGUCACACUGGUUAAAAAAAUAUUCCCUGAUUUAAUAGUAACCAGUGCAGAGAUUAAUAAGGAGGAUAAUAUUCAUAUUUCUUUGUUUUGGUCAGAAGUCUGGCGACUGCAUUUUGAAAAAGAGUUUGUUGGCGCACAGCUUUCUUUGAAUGUCUUGAUUUAGUACUUUCUGUAGUGAUUUAAAGAAUGAGACAUAACGUGUUUGUUUAUUAACAUUUAACUAAAAUCUCAAUCCUUCCCCAACCUUAACAAAAGUGCUUUCGUUGUCUUAACCUAAUACCACUGCAGGACGCAAGCCUGUGGGUUUUACCAUCAAUCACCUCGCCUAUUAACCGCUGUGAUAUUCACUCAAAAACAUGUUCCAGUAAAACAUAAUUGGGAAAACAAAUACUGAUGUUUACAUAUACAUAUGCUCUAGACAGACAGGGUUGGCUCUUGGUUCUUGACAGUAAAAACAAAACUGUUUACUGCUGGUGUCACAGAAGGUCCCCGAACUAGCUCAUUUGAUUGGCCAAAAGGCGUCUCUGAUCUCUCAACAGUGCCCACCACUGGCUCUACAGGUGCACAGAUCACUUUUGCUCCACAUUUCACUGUGGUGCAAAAGAGAGAGCGCUUGUAACUUUUCAUUUGUGAGCCACAAAAACAGCUUUUGAAAAUGGUGGCAGCAGAUUCAAGUAGUUGAUCAUUAUUGACUUGUGUCUUCUAGAAUAUCCAUCAUCAUCAUGCGGAUGUGCAAAGAUUGUCCAUGACUUCACAUUUUUUGAUGUAGGUGUUUUAAUGUGUUUUGCACCAUAUUCACUGUAACAACUGUAUAAAAAUGUGAGCAUAUUAUUCAUUUGUGAUACGUAGAACAGGAUUUGUGCACCUGCAAUGAAGAAUGUAUGUCACUGUUGUGUUUGUGGGAGACAAAACAAGUUCUGUUUGCUCCCUUCAUACUUCACCUUUCCAGCCAGCCUUUCUGUCUGCGCAGCAUGUUUCACUAAAAACAAUUCUCUGAA